UCUUCCUGCUCUCAAACACAGUCAGCUCCACUCUGUUCAUGUGUUUCCUUGUUCCCUCCCCUUCAGAUCUACAGUUUGAAGAUGGGUGGAACCAACAUGUGGUGAAGUGCGAGAGCUGACAGGCCCCGUUCACUGCAGAGACACAUGUUGUUUAGAUCAGAGCUCAAACUAGUUUCAGUUCUGAGGAAGUGAAACUCAGACAGUCGUUGUCACUGAGAGCUGAAAUGGCGCAGAAAGGAGAUCAGCUGGACCGGGAGACCUUCUGUUGUUCCAUCUGUCUGGAUUUACUGAAGGAUCCGGUGACUAUUCCCUGUGGACACAGCUACUGCAUGAACUGUAUUAAAAGCUUCUGGGAUGAAGAGGAUGAGAAGAGAAUCCACAGCUGCCCUCAGUGUAGGCAGACCUUCACACCGAGGCCUGUCCUGGUGAAAAACACCAUGUUAGCAGCUUUAGUGGAGAAGCUGAAGAAGACUGGACUCCAAGCUGCUGCUGCUGAUCACUGCUAUGCUGGACCUGAAGACGUGGCCUGUGAUGUCUGCACUGGGAGGAAACUGAAAGCUGUUAAAUCCUGUCUGGUUUGUCUGGCCUCUUACUGUGAGAAUCACCUGCAGCCUCAUUAUGAAGCAGCUCCAUUAAAGAAACACAAGCUGGUGGAGCCCUCCGAGAAGCUCCAGGAGAACAUCUGCUCUCGUCACGAUGAGGUGAUGAAGAUGUUCUGCCGCACUGAUCAGCAGUGUAUCUGUUAUCUCUGCUCUGUGGAUGAACAUAAAGGCCACGACACAGUCUCAGCUGCAGCAGAAAGGACUGAGAGGCAGAGAGAGCUCCAGCUGAGGCGACAAGAGAUCCAGCAGAGAAUCCAGGACAGAGAGAAAGAUGUGAAGCUGCUUCGACAGGAGGUGGAGGCUAUCAAUGGCUCUGCUGAUGAAGCGGUGGAGGACAGUGAGAAGACCUUCACUGAGCUGAUCCGUCUCAUGGAGAAAAGACGCUCUGAUGUGAAGCAGCAGAUCAGAUCCCAGCAGGAAACUGAAGCCGGUCGAGUCAAAGAGCUUCAGGAGAAGCUGCAGCAGGAGAUCGCUGAGCUGAAGAGGAAAGACGCUGAGCUGAAGCAGCUCUCACACACAGAGGAUCACAGCCACUUUCUACAUAACUACCCCUCACUGUCACGACUCAGUGACUCUACAGACUCAUCCAGUAUCAAUAUCCGUCCUCUGAGAUACUUUGAGGACGUGACAGCAGCUGUGUCACAGCUCAGAGAGAAACUACAGGACGUUCUGACAGAGACAUGGACAAACAUCUCACUGACAGUGUCUCAAGUGGAUGUUUUACUGUCACAACCAGAGCCCAAAACCAGAGCUGACUUCUUAAAAUAUUCACAGGAAAUCACAGUGGAUCCCAACACAGCAUAUUCAUGGCUGUUAUUAUCUGAGGGAAACAGAAAAGCAACAGUAAUGAGUGAAAAACAGCCUUAUCCUCGUCAUCCAGACAGAUUCACUUCACAUCCUCAGGUCCUGAGUAGAAAGAGUCUGACUGGACGUUGUUACUGGGAGGUGGAGUGGAGAGAAGGAGUUCGUGUAGCAGUCUCAUACAAGAAUAUCAGCAGAGCAGGGGAGGAAAGUUUAUUUGGAUAUAAUGACAAAUCUUGGGUGUUAUAUUGUGAUCAAAACAGUUUUUCAUUUAUGUUCAACAACAUCAAAACUCCAGUCUCAGGUCCUCGGCCCUCCAGAGUAGGAGUGUACCUGGAUCACAGAGCAGGUGUUCUGUCCUUCUACAGCGUCUCUGAAACCAUGACUCUCCUCCACAGAAUCCAGACCACAUUCACUCAGCCUCUCUAUGCUGGACUUCGGCUUUAUUAUAGAAACGCCACAGCAGAGUUGUGUAAAGUGAAAUAGACAGGAGUGAGUUAAAAUGUGUAUUUUAGCCUCUCAGUGUAUUUAGUGUCUUUGUGUUUGUCGCUGAGAGUCAUUAUCAGCACUUUGACCUCUUCUCAUUUCUUGUGGUGUUGAUGUAGGAGUGACUUUAGGCCGAGCUGGAGCCAUGGAGGAUAUCACUGCUCAUGAUGAUGGUAGUUUCACCUGAACUCACAUUUCUCCACAUGAGAACACAAACUUCUCUGAGCUCUGAAUGUUUGUUGGAUAUUUGUGUUGAUGUGUUUUUAUGUUGUUGUUUGGUCCUGAACAGAGAAAUCACCAGACCUUCCUUUAUCACAGAUGUUUUGUUCUCACUGUGUAAAGACAGAAAUCUAUAAUUACAUUUACAUUGAUGUGUUUGUCAGAACAAAUGUUGUUGUUGUUCAAAUCCACUCACAAUAAGGUCUAUGAUGUUUGAUCAAACUGUCAUUAUCAUGAUAAUAAUCAAUGAGGAGAUGAUUCAUUAUUUUCUUUUCUCUCGCUGAGAUUCUUGUGAAACAAACUGAUUGUGUGGAUGAAGUGAAUCUGUUCAUGAAAUUACUGAACAAGUGUCAUUGAACAGACUUUACUGAUUCAGUGUGUGAACAAACUGAAGCUUCACGUCAUGAAUAAAGUUCAUUUUCAUCAACAAUCAAUCAAAUGUUUCUUUUUGUCUUCACUCCAGGAUCUGACUCAAAGCUGACGGAGAACAUGUCAAACUAAUAUGAGAGCAGCUGCAGCUAAUGCUCACUUUGCAGAUUCGUAUUAAUGAUAUGAAAUAUAAUCAAUAAUUAAUCAUAAUGUAUUAUUAGAGGUGAGAUAAGGUUCAUCUAAGUCAUUAAAAUGAGUCCCAUCUUCACAAGCUGCAACAUUAAAGUGUUGUUUACACAUUAAUACAUCAAUAAUCAGAAUCCAGUCAUAUGAUUGACAUUAUUCUGAAAGGACUUUUACUUUUGAUACUUUACGUGUAUUUUCAUGUUAAUACUUUUAUACUUUAUCUUAAAGAAAAUGUUGACUGCGGGACUUUUACUUGUAUCAUAGUAUUUCAACUCUGUGUUUUCAUGUCUUUGCCUCAAAUAAAGACCUGAGUAAAAAAACAUUAACUACUG